AUGAACUCACGUCCGAGUCAAGAAACAGGCCGUGAAAGAUCAGGAGCCCCCCGUAAUACACCAGCGAUAGUAAUCACCACCGAUCUAGCCAAUUACCGCGCCGUGGUUCAGCAGUACACGGUAUCUCCAUCCGCUAUAGCUUUUGGGUCGGAUCCAUCCGCCGGAUCUUCCCAACAAGUUCCUCCGGCGGAUGGUGGAGGAGGAGGAGGUUCGGCUCCGUCGUCUAAGGAGGGGACUAGUAGUAAUACGUCUUCUUCGAAGCUGCCAUGA